AUGGCGCCAUACGAAGCACUUUAUAGUCGGAAAUGUAGGUCUCCUAUUUGUUGGGAUGAAAUAGGUGAACGAAAAAUCUUGAACCCGACUACAGUGCCUUGGAUUGAGGAGGCGAAUGAAAAAGUGAAGUUGAUACGCCAGAGGAUUCAAACCGCACAAAGUAUUCAAAAGAGUUAUGCCGAUAAUCUAAGGAAGGACUUAGAAUUUGCGGUUGGAGAUCAAGUUUUCCUUAAGAUUACUCCUCUAAAAGCAAGUUUGUUGGCAGGAAGGGGAAAGAAGUUGCAACCGAGAUUUGUAGGACCUUAUAAGAUUAUCCAACGUGUAGGAAGUGUAGCCUAUAAGUUGGAAUUGCCACCAAGUCUAUCACGGAACCACAAUGUUUUCCACGUAUCGAUACUUAAGAAAUAUCAUCCAGAUCCAUCUCACGUUCUGCAACCGGAGAGUAAUGAGGCACUGACCUAUGAGGAGAAACCGAUAAAACUUCUAGAUCGUAAGGGGAAAGAAUUGAGAAACAAGCGGAUUCUGUUGGUAAAAGUUCUUUGGAGGAACCACGGAUUGGAGGAAGCAAUUUGGGAAGUUGAAGAAGAAAUUCGAGAAAAAUAUCCAGACCUGUUUUCAACUCAAGGCCCAGUGAUCACGUCUUCCUCUGCUGACCUUCACGCCUCCAUUGCUUCUGCUACCUAG